AUGGCCCUCCUACAGUAUCCUGCCCCGGUUGACUACGCCGCCCAACAGGAGGCUUUCAAGGAUUUCUUAAAACACUUCAAAACCUUUGAAUCCGCGUCGGAAGCGGCUGCGACAGAAGCUAUCCAGGGAUUGCGCAUUGAUGGCGAUCGGAGCGAAGAUGAAUACGAUUUCAUGGAUGAUGUUGACACCGAGCAGGGUCGCCGGCGUCGUGACCCUAAAACCAAAUACAUGCAGGUUCUCCAGGACAUCGCCAACAGAGAUAGCAAUAACAUUUUGAUUGAAUUGGAUGACUUGGAAACAUUCGAAAAAUCCCUUCCUUCAGAUUCGGACCUCAAGCUGGUCGAGUCUAUUCAAGCGAAUGCUAAGCGCUACAUCGAUGUUUUCUCAGAAGCAGUGGAUGCCGUGAUGCCUAGGGAGACGAAAGAGAUUUCUUUCAAAGAUGACGUCCUCGACAUUAUCAUGUCGCAACGUGAUAAACGCAACGAAACGGUACAAAUGGCUGCAGAAGCUGAGAUGGAUGCUACUCCACCACAAGCAAUGUUUCCUCCCGAAUUGACACGCCGAUACACUCUAAACUUCAAGCCUUUGACACUGUCUGAGUCUAGUACUGGAAAGAGUCUGAAGGCGCUGGCUGUUCGCCAUAUCCGCGGCGAGCACCUUGGCACAUUGAUCACUGUCAGAGGAAUUGUAACGCGAGUGUCGGACGUCAAACCAGCCGUUAGGAUCAAUGCUUACACGUGCGAUCGAUGCGGUAGCGAGGUGUUCCAACCCAUCACAUCCAAGUCAUUUCUGCCUAUGACUGAAUGUCCUUCCGAAGAGUGUGUUGCAAACAACUCCAAAGGACAAUUGUUUUUAUCCACUCGGGCAUCCAAAUUUGUCCCGUUCCAGGAGGUCAAAAUUCAGGAAAUGGCAGACCAGGUCCCAGUUGGCCAUAUUCCCAGGACUUUGACGGUGAACUGUAACGGAAGUUUAACACGACAACUCAAUCCGGGAGACGUCGUUGAUAUUGCUGGAAUUUUCCUGCCUACGCCGUAUACCGGAUUUAGGGCAAUCCGUGCCGGUCUGCUCACGGACACAUACCUUGAAGCGCAACAUAUUACUCAACAUAAGAAGGCAUACGACAACAUGGUAAUGGACAUUCGGACAGUGCGAAGAAUGGAACAGUACAAAAAUUCAGGGCAUCUGUACGAAUACCUUGCCCAGUCUAUCGCUCCUGAGAUUUACGGUCAUCUCGACGUCAAGAAGGCUCUAUUGCUACUUCUGAUUGGUGGUGUGAACAAGGACAUGGCUGAUGGAAUGCACAUUCGUGGAGACAUCAACAUCUGUCUCAUGGGUGACCCUGGUGUUGCCAAGUCUCAGUUGCUCCGGUAUAUCUGCAAGGUCGCGCCUCGUGGCAUCUACACGACUGGUCGAGGCAGCAGUGGCGUUGGUCUUACUGCCGCCGUUAUGCGAGAUCCUGUCACCGAUGAGAUGAUUCUGGAAGGUGGUGCGCUUGUGCUCGCUGACAACGGCAUUUGCUGUAUUGAUGAGUUCGAUAAAAUGGACGAUUCAGACCGAACUGCCAUCCAUGAAGUUAUGGAACAACAGACUAUCUCUAUUUCCAAGGCCGGCAUCACUACAACACUCAAUGCCAGAACAUCGAUUCUUGCUGCUGCCAAUCCUCUGUAUGGUCGCUAUAACCCUCGCAUCUCUCCCGUUGAAAACAUUAACCUUCCUGCUGCUCUUCUCUCUCGGUUUGAUGUGAUGUUCCUCAUGCUGGACACUCCAUCCCGCGAUACCGAUGAAGACUUGGCGCGACACGUCACGUAUGUUCACAUGCACAAUAAACAUCCAGAAAAUGAAAAUUCUUCGGUUGUUUUCAGCCCUAACGAGGUCCGUCAAUUUGUUGCUCGCGCUCGUACAUACCGCCCGGUGGUUCCCAAAGAAGUAUCCGACUACAUGGUUGGUGCAUAUGUGCGUAUGCGUAAACAACAGAAGAAGGAUGAGGGAAGCAAGCGACAAUUUUCGCAUGUCGCGCCGCGUACCCUUCUUGGCGUGGUGCGUCUCUCUCAGGCGUUGGCCCGUUUGCGCUUCAGCCAUGAAGUUGUCACCGAUGACGUUGACGAAGCACUUCGGCUGGUUGAAGUUAGUAAGGCGUCUCUUUCCAACGAGAGUAGCGGUGAAGGAGACCAAACGCCGGUCAGCAAGAUCUACAACCUCAUCCGUGGCAUGCGGGAAAGUGGUGCCGCCGCAGCCGGCGAUGGACACGAAGGUCAGCUCAACCUUCGCAAGGUUCGUGAACGGGUCAUUGCAAAGGGCUUCACUGAGCCUCAGCUUACGGAGACGAUCGAAGAAUAUGCAGGAAUGGAUGUUUGGCAAAUCACUGGCGACGGCACUCGUCUUCUUUUUGUGGAUGUCGAUAGCAUGGAUAUAUAG